AUGGCAGAGAACAUGUCAAAGUCUCACGAUCCAACAGACCCACUCCUGUCUGCUUACAAAGCAUGGGGAAAAGGAGGAUGGGGUGGUAUUAUAACAGGCAAUGUGAUGAUCGAUGAGCGCUGGCUUGGAAACGCCCUCGACGUUUCAAUCAACCCCACUACUGAUCCAAAAGUCAUUGCGCAAUGGCGCAGAUACGCAGAGGCAUGCCGUGUCGAAGGUGCCCCAGCUAUCGUUCAACUAAAUCACCCCGGCCGCCAAAGCCCUCUUGGAGCUGGUAGCAAAGGUCUUUUCGAGAAGAAUAUUGCACCCAGCCCUAUUCCAUUGAAGUUCGAGGACAACAUCUGGGCACGUACUGCACAAAAAAUCCUCUUCGGUACUCCGCGAGAGAUGACAGUUGCAGAGAUCGAAGAUGUCGUGACGAAGCAUGCCGAAGCAGCCAAGUUCCUGAGCGAGAACGGAACUACACUACACGCUGCACAUGGAUAUCUGCUGAGCAUCUUCAUGGCCCCAAACACCAACAAACGUACAGACGAUUAUGGCGGUUCGGCAUUCAACCGCAUUCGUAUCGUUCUCGACAUUAUCAAAGCAAUCCGCGCUGUCGUUCCGUCUACUUUCACCGUCGGCAUCAAGCUCAACUCGGCGGACGUUGCACAGAAGAGCGAUAUCGAAGAGCUCAUGCAACAAAUCGAACACCUCAGGGCCACCGGCAUUGAUUUCCUCGAGAUUAGCGGUGGAUCGUAUGAGAACCCAAGGAUGAUGAAGGGUGACGAGCCUGCGCCGGGUGAGAAGCCAGUCUCAGAACGCACGGCAAAGCGUGAAGCCUUUUUCCUUGAUUUCGCGAGGAUAGUCAGGCAGAGGUUCCCUGAUGUGGUCCUGAUGGUCACAGGUGGUUUCCGCAGUUUGUCUGGUAUGCACGCAGCGCUCGAGGAGAAUGCCUGUGACUUGAUCGGUGUGGCGCGACCGGCUGCUGUGGAUGCGAACUGGGCAAACAAACUGUUGAAAGAGGAGGUCGCGGGUGGUGAUGUAGUCCUGAGGCUGGACGCUGUGAAGCCGAGUUGGUUGGUCAGCAAGAUUCCAAUCAAAGCCAUAGGGGCUGGAGCUGAGAGUGCUUUCUACUCGGAGCAGAUUGGUCGCAUCGGUAAAGGAUUGCCAACACGGGCACCCCCUACGACGUCAUGA